AUGCGAGGGCUGCGCUCUGCGUGCCCGACAGCGCUCGUUCCCAUCAACCGCAGCCCCCAAUGCUUUGCACGGGCGCAGCAGCGGAGCGCCGAGCGCACGGCGGCCAAAGGCGCGGCUGCAUUUGUGCUGCACCGGCGAUGCAACGCGCGGCCCCGGCCGUGCCCCCCUCCCCGUGCGCAGAGCAGAGCCGCUGCUCCCCGGCACUGCCAGGCUCUGCCCUGCCCCGACCCGGCCGUGGAGCGCAGCCGCCUCACUGCAGGGAGCUCCGAGGAGGGGCUGCAGCACACAGCCGUCCCCCCGUCCCAGCUCUCACCGCCCCGCAUCUCUGCUGCCGCUAAGCCGAUCGCAGGAAGACUUUUCACGGCAGCGCUCGGCGCCCAAAGCUCCCCCCGGCUGCACUCGCCGGGUUCGGGUGGUGCAAACAGCGCACGGGUACCGGGCUGGGUCACUGCGAGGCGAUGCGGGGCAGCAGUCCGUGUCCUCAGCGGCACCGCAACGGGACCCGCACUGCCCCCCCGCGCCGCGCUGCCAUCCCCGGGCGCACAGCGCCCCCUGGCGGCCGACAGCGGUUCCGCGCUUGCGGCACUCCGCCCCGCGCCUGCAGGGAGCGCUGCGGGAGCGCCGCCCGCCGCUCUGAGCUCCGAGCCGCAGCCGCCGACCUCCAUUCGCCUUCUCACCCGGUUGGGGCCGCUGCUGCGCUCCCCAUCCCGGCCUGGGCCGGAAUCGCCGCUGCCCGUCAGCGUUUUGCCCCUGUCCGCCGCCGGCCGCUCGUGCCCAGCAGAGCCUUCCCGAAGCAUCGCCCCCACCGAACCCGGCAGCGGCCCACAGCCCGGAGCAACGCGCGGUGCAGAGCUGCGGGACCGCAGCCCUCACUCCAAAGCGAACCCCGCUCUCCCAGCGCAGCCCCGGGCGCAGGCGGACACGGGAACGGGCGCUGAGCUUUGAGCGGCUGCUGACAAACAGAAACUGUGAGUCACGGCUCUGCCCGCCGCCCUCGACGCCCUCACCGGGAAAACAGUGCCGCUCUGUGCCGGGCUCGGCACGGCCGCGUCCCCGGGCUCACCCCGGAGCGGCCCCGGGCGGUGAAUGGGCGCUGUGUGUGCGGGGAUGACUCAGAGCCGCCCGCACACCCCGCGGCACCGCCCGCCUUCCUCGUGCCCGACGCGGCGUAGAAAAGCACGGCGGGCGUCGUUGUUUAUAGGAGGCUUCGUCGCAUUCCGGCAGCUCGCACACAUCCCCACCUCCGCUGCUGGGAAAGCGCUGCUCCGCCCGGGAGCUGCGGGGCGGUGCGGGUUCCGCCUCUGGCUGUAGCGGAGCACUCGGAGAUGAGCGACGGACCCGCACAGCAGCACCAAAACCCGCAUCCCUCCCCGGCCCCGCAGUGCCGGACCCCGCCCGGCUCACAGCUCCAAAGGGCAGCUCGAGCAAUGUUAAAAAUAAAAUCCUUUAUUGAUCAUA